AUCAUCAAGUUGGGAACUUUUUAGAGAGAGAGAGAGAGAGAGAUGGAAGAGACAAAGUCAAGAUUCAAGAGGAUAUGUGUGUUCUGUGGGAGCAGUUCGGGCAAUAAACCUUCGUAUCAAGAGGCCGCCACUCAAUUGGGUAACGAAUUGGUGGAGAGAAGGAUUGAUUUGGUAUACGGAGGUGGAAGCGUGGGGCUCAUGGGUCUCGUCUCUCAGGCCGUUCAUCAUGGUGGUCGCCAUGUUCUAGGGGUCAUUCCCAAAACCCUAAUGCCAAGAGAGAUAACGGGUGAGACCGUCGGAGAAGUCAAAGCUGUUGCUGAUAUGCAUCGAAGGAAAGCUGAAAUGGCCCGUCAAGCCGACGCCUUCAUCGCCCUUCCUGGAGGAUACGGAACACUCGAAGAAUUGCUCGAAGUGAUUACAUGGGCUCAGCUCGGUAUCCACCGUAAACCUGUGGGUCUUCUCAACGUCGAUGGAUACUACAAUUCGUUGUUGUCGUUCAUCGACAAGGCCGUGGAGGAAGGCUUUAUAUCGCCCAUGGCUCGUAGAAUCAUCGUCUCGGCCCCUACCGCCAAGGAAUUGGUUCGAAAACUAGAGGAAUAUGAACCGGAGUACGAUGAGAUUACGUCGAAGCUGGUGUGGGAUGAAGUGGACCGGUUAAGCUACGUACCGGGGUCGGAGCUUGCUACGUGACGAUUAUAUAUCUAUGACUAUGCGUAAGGAAAGAAAGCAUUUUGGGGGUUUUUUUGGGUAAGAAAGUAUUGUACAGAGGGACCAAAUUGACCAAAGACGCACGUGUUUGGGGAGUGGGGGAAGAAACAAAAGUAUUGGGGCCAUUUUGUGAUAUCUAUAUUUUUGGGUGGUUAAUGGAGGAAACUACAUGGAACCGCUAACUCUGCGUAGGAGGGGGGACUUCCAUGUGCCAUCUGUACAUUUUGGUUCUGCAGUAGCCGAACGAAAAAUGAAAAUGAAAGCUUUUAUUUA